AUGUGGGAGUUUCGGUCCAUGUCCUUCUGGCGGGCAGUGUUUGCUGAGUUCUAUGGCACCAUGUUCUUUGUGUUCUUUGGUUUGGGGGCAGCCCUGCGCUGGACCAGCGGGGCCCAUAAUGUUCUCCACGUCGCUUUCUGCUUCGGGCUGGCGGCCGCCACCUUCAUCCAGUCCAUUGGUCAUAUCAGUGGAGGACACAUCAACCCGGCUGUCACCUUUGCCUACCUGAUCGGCUCCCAGAUGUCCCUGUUCCGUGCUUUCUUCUACAUCAUCGCCCAGUGCCUGGGAGCGAUGGCGGGCGCUGCUGUGCUCUACGGAGUCACACCUGGCAACAUGAGGGGCAACCUGGCACUUAACACGCUGCAGCCUGGCAUCAGCCUGGGCAUGGCCACCACUAUGGAGGUCUUCCUCACCCUGCAGUUGGUUGUCUGUAUCUUUGCAGUGACAGAUGAGAGGCGCAAUGGACGCCUUGGCUCUGCCGCUCUGGCCAUCGGCUUUUCUGUUCUCAUGGGACACCUCCUUGGGAUGUACUACACUGGAGCAGGAAUGAAUCCAGCAAGGUCCUUUGCCCCUGCUGUCUUGGUCAGGAAUUUUGUCAACCACUGGGUGUACUGGGUGGGACCCAUGAUUGGUGGUGCCAUGGGUGCUCUGCUGUACGACUUCAUGCUGUUCCCACGUAUGCGCGGCCUCUCCGAGAGGCUGGCCACACUGAAGGGCAACCGGCCUCCAGAGGCGGAGAACCAGCAGGACAACAGAGGAGAGCCCAUCGAGCUCAAGACACAGGCCCUAUAA